ACUAAGUGGUGGAAUUUCAAUGUGACGAAACGCUUGUGAAUAAUGGCCGACAUACUCAGUGCUGCCAGGGCUGGUGACUUGAGUGCUUUGCGAGAUGCUAUCAAGAGGGGAAAGGAUGUCAACAGUGUGAAGGAUGGGUGGACUCCACUCAUGAGGGCAGCCAGUAGAGGGCACACUGACUGUGUUAUACAGCUGCUCUCCUCAGGAGCAGUGGUGGACCUGGCUGACGAGGAUGGGUGGACUCCACUCAUGUGGGCAGCCUAUAAAGGUCACACUGACUGUAUUAGACAGCUGCUCUCCUCAGGAGCAGUGGUGGACCUGGCUGACGAGGAUGGGUGGACUCCACUCAUGUGGGCAGCCUAUAAAGGUCACACUGACUGUACUAGAGAGCUGCUCUCCUCAGGAGCAGUGGUGGACCUGGCUAACAAGAAUGGGAGUACUCCACUCUAUUGGGCAGCCAGGGGAGGUCACACUGAUAGUGUUAGACAGCUGCUCUCCUCAGGAGCAGUGGUGGACCUGGCUGACAAGGAUGGGAUUACUCCACUCAUGUGGGCAGCCUUGAGAGGUCACACAGAUUGUGUUAGACAGCUGCUCUCCUCAGGAGCCGUGGUGGACCUGGCUAACAAGGAUGGAAAGACUGCUCUGAUGAAGGCCAAGAGAUCACCUCAAUCUAACUCUUCAGUAAUAAAGCUGCUGGAGGAAGCUACUGAAUCACAUGACCAUGAUACAGUCAGAGAAGAGGUGUCUUCUAAAUUAGGACCAUCCGCUAAACGAGUCACUCUUCAAGAACUAGUAGAGCAAUACAAUCUGACUGACGAGCAACUCAACAGUGAAAUAGAGGUUCCUUAUACUCCCAAAUUGGCCUUAUGUUUUGAUGGUGUGGAACUUUAUUCGAGUGCACUGGGGCUAGCUAUUGCUGAACAAGCCGAUGUGAACCAAUCACGUGGAACUCAAGCAGCCAUGAUGAAGUGCUUGCAAAUCUGGAAACAACAUAAUCCUUCACAAGCAACUUACAGAGCUCUCCUGGAUAUCGCACUGAGAUUGGGAAAAGGAGACACAGCUCAUCAAAUCUGUCAGCAAUUGACCCAACUCAAUAUUCAAAACCGAACCUACUUAAAGAAACUGGGUGAGAUGAUGGCCGACACAAGUGGCACUAUAGAGCUACAUUAUCUCAAGACGCACUUCAUUGGUCCCUCGGGUCUUGGAAAAACGACCACUCGACAGCGGCUUGUUGGAUCCAUCACUAACCUGUCUUUGCUGCCUGAAGAUCAAAGGAAACGUUGCAGUACAUUACUAGCCGAGUGUGAACAAGUAUUGGCCUUUGUGGACAAAUCUGGAACAAAGCUUGAAUUCAAAGCGUCUUCAAGUCUAGAGGAAGAAACACAGUUUAUCUUCUCUUACCUUAUGUCCUGUGAACCUAUUGAAGACAGCACUGUCAGCAAUACUAGUACACCUAAGGAACAGCCCAAAAAAGAAACCACUGACCCAAAGAAGCAAACUCAACUCAAGAUCGAUGAAACUGCUACUGUGCCCAAAGAAACGGUGUCACCAACACCGGUAUCACCAACACCAGAACCACCGGAAAAGGUCGUGAAAGUGACUACUGUAGAUGUUGGAAAGGUUGUCUCGAGACUCCGGAGUAUUGUGGGUUCAGGAGAGUACACUAAAGAGCUGCUGAACAAAGUCCUACUCAAUCUGGUCGAUAUAGGUGGGCAGCCUGGAUUUGUGGAGAUGUUUCCUUUUCUAAGCAAAGGCGCAGGGAUUUUCCUAGUAUUCUUUCGACUGGACAAAGACCUCGAUGACAUGUGUCAAGUCUCGUACGAACGAGGAAAGGACAAGAUCACACCGUACGAUUCAACGUACACAAGCAGAGAAACGCUCUCUCAAAUCCUGUCAGCUAUCAGCCACCAUACCAAGAUUGACUCGGACAUUGACAGAGAGCAGUGUAGUAAACUGGGCAAUCUAGGCUCUGCUAAGCCUGUUGCUACCCUCAUAGGUACUUUCAAGGAUGAACUGGCAAUGCAAAUCAAAGUCGAUCUCCUGUACGAGAAAUGUUGUGCCUCCACAAAAGCUGUCAGCAAAAGCGAUAGUACCACUGCCAGCAAGAGCAAUAGUACCACUGCCAGCAAGACCACUACCAGCAAGACCACUGCCAGCAAGAGCGAUAGUACCACUGCCAGCAAGAGCGAUAGUAACACUACCAGCAAGAGCGAUAGUACCACUGCCAGCAAAAGCGAUAGUACUACAGCCAGCAAGAGCCAUAGUAGUACCACUGCCGACAAGAGCGAUAGUACCACUACCAGCAAGAGCGAUAGUACCACUGCCAGCAAGAGCCAUAGUACCACUGCCGACAAGAGCGAUAGUACCACUUCCAGCAAGAGCGAUAGUACCACUGCCAGCAAGACCACUACCAGCAAGAGCGAUAGCACCACUGCCAGCAAGACCACUGCCAGCAAGAGCGAUAGCACCACUGCCAGCAAUACCACUACCAGCAAGAGCGAUAGUACCACUGCCAGCAAGAGUGAUAGUACCACUGCCAGCAAGACCACUGCCAGCAAGAGCGAAAGCACCACUGCCGACAAGAGCGAUGGCACCACUGCCAGCAAGAGCUAUGGCACCACUGCCAGCAAGAGCGAUGGCACCACUGCCAGCAAGAGCGAUAGCACCACUGCCAGCAAGAGCGAUAGUACCACUGCCGACAAGAGCCUAAAUGAACACGAACAAAAGAAAGCAAUUCGGAAUAUUUUGACUCUACUGAAGAGUGAUGAGCCUGCUAACGUCAGUGCAGAAGACAUGGCUGCCAUUGAGCAAACAGUCAGCCAACACCUCAACUCAGACACUUUCAAGAAAGAUGUCCAAGACCGCUUAGAGCAAAAGUUGACAGAGAAAAACGAAGCUGUGAGCAAGAUUACCAGCAAGUUUGAGAAAUUACUUUCACACCCAAAAGACAAGAAGUUCAUAGCAGUCGACAACUAUGAAGGCACUGAUUCUGAUAUGGAACCUCUUCGUGAACAUCUUCAUGGCAUAUUUAGUAGCUAUUUCAAAGAUGCCAAGCUUCGAAUUCGCCCACAACAGCUUUUGUUGGGAGUUGUACUGAGAAAAGAGUAUGACAUUGUGUCUAUGGAAGAAUGCAUUCGUAUCGGUACCGAGGGGUUAAAGAUGAGUGAGGAGGAAGUUCGAUUCACCGUUUGGUACCUUGAUCGAUUUGUCGGAGCUUUGAUAUAUCAUCCAGAGAUCAAGGAUAAAGAUGGUUGGUUUGGAAACUUUGUCAUUUGCAACCCCCAAGUGGUAUUCAACAGCCUCAGUGUUCUCGUUGUCAAUCCGCUGCUGGAGCUCCAUUCUGAAGAGGGCAAUAUUCAGUUUAACGAUAAUGAGAGAAAAAAUUGGAUACUCAAGGGUCAAUUCUUACUGAAAACAAUCACUCGAUGCCAUUCGGAGGAAAACCAGGGGGUGAAGAAAGACCAGUUGAUUCCUGUUGAGAAGCUGCUCAUACUGCUCGAGCAUUCCCACCUUUUGGCCAAAAUCACAACAGUGGAGGAAGACCAUACCACAGAAGAAGUUGAAACGACAUAUUUCAUCCCCGCUAUUCUCAAGUGUGCAUCUCGCGAGGAACUAACGAAACCACCCCCCACUGGCAUUGAUACACCCUCUCCAAUCAAGAUCACAUUCAAACCCCAAUACGUUCCCAUUGGAGUAUUUUGUGCCAUGAUCAGUGAAUUGGUCUCAAGGGGGAGUACUGGAAUUCUGGGCAUGACUUGGAAACUUGCCACUGAUACCUCAGUAAAGAGAAACCUCGUCUCCUUUCACAUUGACGAAUCUGCCAAGCAUUUUGUUACCCUUAUCGCUAACGUCGAUUGCUAUGAGAUACGGAUUAUUCGACAGGACAGGGACCAUACGAUGCACGAGCUUUGUUCCUACGUCCUCUCAACCCUCCUGUUGGUGAUGAAGGACAUCAGUCCACUACUCACUCCAAUCAUUGCCUUCGACUGCUACUGUGGCAAACAUGAAGAUGGUUCCAAGCUUUGUCUCCUCACACCUGGAGCUGAUCCCUGCUUUAAAUGCACCAGCAAAGUCUCUCUGAGUCCUCACCAAGAAUGCUGGUUCGCAGAAGAAGUCAGUCUGAGAGAGGAUGUUACUCUCAAGGCUCUGCCCUUUGCCUCUAGGCGAGAGUUGAGGGACAAGAGCCUCUCCUUUGAGUGGAGCAAAAGAAGUCCUGAAAUUGAUGGUGAUGAACACAAGUUGGAAUUCAAGGCUUCGUCACAUGGUCACUUCAAGGGCUUUAUCAGUUGUGAGAUCUCCAAGAACCAGAAGCAUUUCUUCACCGUGUACCACUGCCUCAAAGAGAGUGUUGAGAACACCUCCAGCUCUGAAACUGAUCAGCUGUUUGCAGAUGUGAAGGAAGUGAUCAAAGAGAUACGCUCUGACUGGUACAGCCUGGCUAUAGAACUGGACAUUGACUAUGCAACUAGGAAGAGUCUUGAGAAGGACUAUCGCUGGGUUGAGCCGUGCUUUGAGGCCAUGCUGACACACUGGGUGAAGCGCUCCUCUCCUCCCCCCUCCUGGUCUGCCCUUGUUAGAGCACUAGAGUCUCCCGCCAUUGCUCGUGGGGACAUUGCAACAACCAUUAAGACAAAAGCUACCAGCGACAUCUCUCCUGAUGUUUGUCAUCUCACUCACGGUGAGGGACUGAGUGUGGAUCAUCAUUUGAGGGUAGUGAGGACAGCUGCCUGGGAGGUGAGGGGGACAUGGCGUCCUCUGGGAGUGCAGUUGGGUGUCAAUGAGGGGACACUAGAUGUAAUUGCUGAGGAGAAUGCCAGAAGACCCAACAGUGUCACUAAGUGUUUCACAGACAUGCUUGUGGAGUGGUUGCAAGACGGUCCACAACUGGAGGACUUGUUGACAGCUCUAGAGUCUCCCGUUAUCCAUAGAGCUGACAUUGCUGAAGACCUCAAGGGAACAUUGCUAGUAAAGAACUAGCCUAACAACGUUCUCCUCUAGCCAUUAUAAAGUAUGACUGCUGACAUUGUAUUAUUUUGUUAGUACCUAUUAUAAAUGUUUUUGUGAUCACUAUAGCUACUACCACUACAUACACUCAUAAUUGUAAUGCUUUGUUGAGUCAAUGUCUGUCCACACAAUUGUCACAUGUCAGAGGGAAUAUUAUUAUGUUGUCAAUAAUAAA